AAAUGGACAAUGAAUCAGAAAGGCAACGUAAAACACAAGCCAAAACAAGAAAACUACAUUUUAAACAGGCUAAAAUAUGUUCAGAUGCACAGAAAAAAUUUAUAGUCAACAUUCUUAAAAAAAAAUCAAGAAAAUGAUCAAAACUAAAGUGUCUUUYAAAAUAUUUAAUGAGCUAGUGUUGCAAAAGGCAUACAUGUUAAAUUUCUGAUCUUCCAGCUGUUGUGAAGAAACUUCAGUUUAAAACUUCCUUAAUGAGAAAUAAGCAGCAGUUCUCAUAUUCUUUUUAUAACUUCAGUUUUUUUUUCUUUAUUAGGUUAACAUGUAUUGCUCAUGCAUUGUUUACUCAACCAUGUGUUGUCAUACUUCCUGAUUUAGUGGUACAAAUCAGAAGAACUUCCCUAAUUCAGUGUGAGCGAAGCAGCGAGCUGUCAACAUGUCUUUUGUGGACACUCUGCGGCAGUGGGACGAGGCUGUGACCUGUGCCGACAGACAGGACUGGUCAGAGGCACUCAGGGUCUUCCUGUCCAUCCAAGACCCUAACUCCAAAAUCUGCUUCAACAUCGGCUGCCUCCAGCUCCUGGACCAGGACUUGAAUGCUGCAGAGAAGGCAUUUGACUGCAGCAUACGCAAGGAUGAACAUCUGGCCGUGGCCUUCUUUCAGAGAGGAAUCACCUUCUACAAAAAGAAAAGGUUUGAGGAGAGUUCAUCUGAUUUCCAAAGAGCUUUCAAAGCUCUGAGGGGCAACCAGRUGAUAGAUUAUAAAGCUCUUGGUCUCAGAUACAUCCUGUACACCUGUGAGGUCCUCCAUAAUGUGGCCCUGUCUGAGGCUCAGCAGGGUAAGUGGGAAAAGGCCCAGGAGAACCUGGUCAAGGCGCUGGACUACAAGACGGAGGCCAAACUCAGCAUCAUCGACCGAGCUCUGCAGUCCACCCUGAAACAGAAACCUUUCAAACUAAUCGAGUUCCCUUCGAAGACGCUGUURAAACCCAACAAGCACUACGUGGCUGAGCUGGAGAAAAAAGACUACCUGGGUAAAGCRAAGGUUGUUGCUUCUGUGGUUCCUCAAGAUGAAUUCUCUGGGUUCGCACCUUUACAACCACAGGUUGAAGGUGGUCCAGCUGCUCCAAGAGAACCAGAGGUGCUGAGAGCUUUAGAGGGCGAGCCCCACACCGUGCUGUURGAGUUUGUCCCUGAGACCAGCGACGAGCUGGCCGUGGUGCCGGGAAACAUCGUGUUUGUGUUGCAGAAGGGAGCCGACAACUGGGCGUACGUGGUCUUCAACGAGAGAAGGGGACUCGUUCCGUAUAAUUACCUGGAACGUUUGGAAAUCUCAGUGGCUUCUCAACAAAACAGGGGUUUAACCAGACCUCCYAGUCACGAUCCACCAAUCAGACCUGAGAGGAUCCAAGGUCUGACUCCAGGUGAGAGCAGUGGGAGGAGCCAGACAAAGGUGGUGCAGCCAAGAAACAAUUCAUGUUUGGUGAAAAUCCGGUUCACGUUCAACUUCUUGGUCUCGAUACCUCCUGGGUCUCCUUACCUGGUCCUGCUGGGGAAAAUCAGCAAGAAGCUGAACCUGCCUUCAGCUGCCGUCUGCUUAAGCUCAGACUCAGGAGGAAAGCAGCUGAUCCACACUGACCCGGAGCUGAAGGAUCUGUGGAGCCGGGCCUCUGGGGGGCGCCUGACCCUGUGGUGCCAAACCAAAGAGAAGGAGAUCCAGCUCGUGGCUCUUCACUCCUACGAGUCCUCGAACCCGGAGGAUCUGAACUUUACCCAGGGUGACACCAUCAAACUGCUCUCCAGAGUGAACCAGGACUGGUUGGAGGGGCAGUGUAACGGCAACACGGGCAUCUUUCCUGCAGCUUUUGUGGAACAGCUUCCUGUGAACGGACAGUAACUCCACACUGUAAAGACUUUGAUGGCGAUGGCGAUGCCUCUCCUGCCCUCCACUGCCUUCACCACCGGCGUCUCGCCCAGCUUCGGCUCUAAACCACGCCAGCUCCGACCUGCCAGGAAACACGCUAAAAAAAA